AGAAAAGGGAUCAUAUAUUUAUUUGGUAUGUUCUUCUUUCUUUCUUAAUGUGAAAGUUUUGUUCUUUGCUUUAUACAAUUCACAAUAAAAAGAGUGUUAACCAAAAACAUCAUCAUAUUCCUUUCUUUCUUUCUAAUUUCACUAUAUAUAUUCAAAUUAUCCUAUAUAUAUAAUAUAUAUAUGUUGUAUAUAUGCAUUCAUAGUUUUCCAUCUUUAACCUCUACGAUUCUUCUCUGCCUCAAAUUUCAUAUUUUUCUCAAAGCUAAACUCUGAUAACCAGGCACUGUGACUUCCAUUGUCAUCUCUACAAUUGCAUCCCAUAGAGAAACAGCUUAUGCCAAAGCAGUGAACUUAGUUGCACUUGAUCAAAAAAUCUGAUCUUUAUGUUUUUAUGCUUGGCUACUUGAAUUCUAUAUCAGUUGUUAUUGUUACACACUAUAUCUAGAUUCGUAUUUUGAAAAUGGGUUCGAGUGAAGAUCGGUAUGAGAUUGCAUUUUUCGAUGUGGAAACAACUGUUCCAACCAGAGCUGGAGUGAAAUUUGCCAUUUUGGAAUUCGGUUCGAUACUGGUUUGUCCAAGGAGGCUAGAGGAGUUGGAGAAUUACUCCACAUUGGUCAGACCUAUCGACCUUUCCCUCAUUUCUUCUUUGUCUGUACGCUGCAAUGGCAUUACCCGUGAGGCUGUCACCGCUGCCCCAUCUUUCAGAGACAUUGCUGAUAGGGUCUACGACAUUCUCCAUGGACGGAUAUGGGCAGGUCACAAUAUACUGAGAUUUGAUUGUGCUCGGAUUCGUGAGGCAUACGCUGACAUUGGUAGACCAGCACCAGAACCGAAGGGUACAAUUGAUUCAUUGGCUUUGUUGACUCAGAAAUUUGGACGAAGAGCUGGUGAUAUGAAGAUGGCUACCCUUGCAACAUAUUUUGGGCUUGGUCAACAAACACAUAGGAGUUUGGACGAUGUUCGGAUGAAUCUUGAAGUUCUAAAAUAUUGUGCAACAGUUCUGUUCCUGGAGUCAAGCCUACCGGAGAUACUUACCACAAACAGUUGGAUUUCUCCAAAUGCGAUAACACGAAGCCGUAGCAGUAAUGAAAAAUUAUCUCCCGAGGGGACAAGCUCGAACGUAAAUCUUCGCCCAGCAAGUUUAAACAAUGGAAAUAUGCAAACAUUAACUUCCACAAAUCAAAUGAUGAUUGAGAAUCACCCAAUAUCAUCUCUUGUGGUUCCUAACAGAGAGGCCGAAUCUAACCAACCUCAGCAAGAUCCUUUUAAUAUGGCUCAACUCACCACCGAAAUCAUGGUAGAGACCGCAAAUUCCCAGCAGACAGAUGUUAACAUGGACGAGAGAUCCAUUUCGGUCUCAUCUGAUUUGUCAUCCACCGGGGAAUUUCUCGAGCCUGAUUCGGUUUCUAUUCCUUUCAUAAGUGGUUCCUUUGUUCCAUUUAUUCGCGGGAGCAAGAAGAUCAAGUUGAUGCACGGAGAUAACACUUUGCAGCUUCAAUGUGCUCGUCUGAAAGUUCGUUUUGGAAUAAGUACUAAGUUCAUCGAUCUUGCUGGACGACCUAAGUUGAAUUUUGUCGUUGAUGCACCACCGAGUUUGUGUACAGUUCUUGAUUCGUGUAACAACAUCGUCCAAAAGAUGACUGUGGAAUCUGAGAGCAACUCUGAAUGGAGACCUGUUGUGAAUCGAAAAUUUUGCCCACCCAACAACCCUACAAUCAGAUUGCACAUACCAACCGCUGUUUGCGGUGAGAUUGCCAUAUAUGCAACCGAAAUCUAUCAAAAGGAAAGUAGCGGCUCGGUUCAGAGGUUGGUGUUUAGUAAAUUCGAUGCUGCAGAGCUCAAUUCCUUGCUCCCACCGGGAACCUUUGUCGAUGCAUUUUUCUCGUUAGAUCCAUACGAUUAUCAGCAAAAUGCAGGCGUUCGAUUGGUCGCCAAGAAAUUGAUCAUCCAUUCAGAUUGAUACUUAUUUAUUUAGCAAGAUUCAUUGUUAUGUAAAAAUUACUUUGAAUUGUUGCAAUGCAAGGGUUGUACUACUAAUAUAUUCAUGUUAUUAAUUGGUCUUUUUCUUCA